AUGGAUUAAGUAUCAAAAAUUACACCUUAAUUUAUAGAUACACCAGAUGAAGAAUCACAAGCGAUGUUAUCUUAAAUAGAGAAAAAUGGUCAUAAUCCAGAUAUAUAUGAAUAGAUGAAAAAUAACCCUCUUUUUUAUUAACUCAAUUAUGCUUAAUAAGGACUUCCUUCUACAGACUAAGAGCUAUAAAAAUUGAAUGAUGAAGAAAGACUAACAUAUGAAAUGUACACCUAAAAAUCUGCCUUAAACAACAAAAGAGUUGAAGAGAAAUAAAAACUAGUAUUCAAGAAAGGUUUCAAGAAAGCAGAACAGAAGUUUUAUUAGAAUUAAUUGAAAAUUGCCAAAAAAAAGAAGUAAAAUCAAUAAUAAAUUGAUUUUUACGAGAAUCAUUUCAAAGAGCUCUCUUUGAAAAUGAAUAAACAUCUGACAUAUUUUAUUCACCCUUAAAAGUAAGUGUCUAUUACUAUUAAAGAAAAAUGUAAAUAGGGAUCAUAACUUAUUAAUCAGGCUUUAAAUCAUUCAACUAGCCCUACAUAAGAACAAUAUUAAAAUCGUAAAGUUUUAGAUCGGAAAUCAAAGAUUAUGUUCUAAAUCAUUUCGUCAGAGAAGUUCAAGAAGAAAUGAGUUACAAGCUAUCAAAAUUUAUAAAGUUUUGUUCUAGAAUGUAUUAGGAAGCUUUAAAAGAUUAUUAGAUGAAUAGUGCUAAAAAUGAUGAUGAAGAAUAUUUUAGAAAUUUUAUAAGAUUGAAAAUGGAGUAGUCUAUUUUGAAAAAUUCAAAAUGUAAGAUUCCAUGGUCUUUAUAAGAAAUAAUUGAUGCCUAAAAGUUUGCAUUAAAUUUGAUUGAUUAAGAGAUGGAUAUGGAAAAUGAAUGA